AUGGCUGCCGCUGUAGCCAGGGCGCCGUCGCUUCCCGCGCGGUCCUCCACCCCUCCUCCCAGCCUGUCGCUCAAUACCUCGCCACGAGGGACCCCGGCUCCCGUGCCAAACAAACACCUUCCAGUAUGCCACCCGGGCCCCCAGCCGGUCCAGCAAUUCGACACGCCUCCGGCAUCCCCGCCAGUCAAGCAGGUCGUGAUCGAGGCAUCCUCGCUCCUAGCCCCACCCGACAACCUUCCCCGGAUCUGCGAUGAGCCCCCUGUCUAUUCAAUCGACGCCACCACCGUCUCCCGCGCCGUCGAGCAUUUGGCAACCCAGCCACUGCCAGAUCCGAAGCAGGUCUUUCCAUGGCUGCACGGCCUGCAUGCCGACAACCAGAUACAAUUGGCUUUUUUUGUUCAGAGGAAGAGGUCGCUACGCAAAGUGCCCCGGUGCAUCAGGGGCCUGACUAUCGUCAAGGCCGACGGAGAUCUCAGCAGCGCCAAGCUCAAGGGUGCAAUUCCUCCGAACGAGUUGUUGCUCAUGCAGAGCGACGCCGCUCAAUUCCUCGAGAUAGAUCCUCGGGAUGGCUUCUCUGUCAGGAACUUCCAGAUCCAGGCCUGCAAAAUGGCCACUGUGUCGGACAUAAUCGUCUACGGAGACGAAAAGAUGCCUCAUGAAGAUGUCGUGAGACUGGCGACUAGAAUUGCAGGCGCGCAGAGGGCUUGGAGAGAGAGGCACAUCGGCACGGGCUGCGAUGUGCAGGAUUUCAAUACAUUUGUUGUGUCUGAUCCGUUCAGUGCGUUCGAGGAAAACCACCCUGAACUAGUGGCAGUAGAUUCUCGAGGCUGCAUGACGGGUAAUGUAAUGGAUUUUUUCUAUUGGGAGCGCCUGGAGAUGUGUACCAUGUCCGAAGCCUCAGAGAUCAGCCACAACGUUUUCAUGGGGCCAACUCCCGAUCCCGAAUUGGGAAUAUCGUCUGCGAAUGAUUACGAUGUCUUGAUCGAGGCAAACGAUCACGCCCAUUGCCCCGACUCUCGGUCUUUGCAAGCGGCUUCAAAGAUGCUCGAGAAGACCAAAAGACCAACCCUCAGUCUCUCGUUCCCGUCGUCCGGCAGCAUCGUACCACCAACUUGGUCCCAUGCUGAAGUCGACAGUUUGAUGGAGAUGUGUCAUUGGAUUUACAGAAUAGCCAACCCCGUGGAUGCUACGGAUUCAGGUAUUGACGAAGAUGGGGAUAGCGAUAUGAACGAGAAGACGGACCGGUCAAGGAAACUAUUGAUCCACUGUGCAGACGGUUACACCGAGAGCUCGCUGCUUGGGCUUACCUACUUCAUGUUCGCGGAGGGACUUCCGGUCCACGAGGCUUGGCCACGAAUCCUGCAGGAGUCUCCCCGCUUUGGCGGUUCAAUUCUCACCCUCCAAGAGCCUGCUUGGUUGUCGAAGCUUGAUGGUAGCCUACCCAGCCGCAUCCUACCGUACAUGUACCUGGGCAAUCUCAACCAUGCCAACAAUCCCGAGCUCUUGCGAGAACUCGGCAUCACGCGAGUACUCUCCGUCGGCGAGCCAGUCUCGUGGGUGAAGGAGACUAUGGAGGAGUUUGGCACUCAGAAUCUCCUUUACAUUGACCGCGUCCAAGACAACGGGGUCGAUCCUCUGACUGAGGAGUUUUCCCGGUGUUUACGUUUCAUUGAACAAGGCAAGAUUGAUGGUACCGCCACUCUCGUCCACUGCCGAGUGGGGGUCAGCAGGUCUGCCACCAUCUGCAUCGCCGAGGUCAUGAACGAGCUGGGCCUGAGUUUCCCACGUGCAUACUGCUUUGUUCGUGCAAGGAGGUUGAACGUCAUCAUUCAGCCGCACCUGAGGUUCACUUACGAGCUGCUCAAAUGGGAGGAGUACCAGCACCAACGACGUGGCGAGCCGCUCCGACGCGAGCUUGAAUGGGGAACGAUUGCGCGCGAAAUCGCACUAAUGAACCGCCCGUACUCAAGGCAAUGA